UAACGUAUUUGACUAAAUUGCAGGUGGAAGAAGUGGAAAAGGAGGUUGAGUCAUUCUUUGCGCCAGGAAAGGAUCAAGGAAGCCAAGGAGGAUCGUCAUUAGACAAGAUAUAGCAGUCUGCUCGUCAUUUCUUUGUUUAUUUUAUUUUAUUUUAUUUUGAUAUUAGUUUCAUUUAUUUGUAAUUGUAAGUUUUUAACAUUCAUAUUCAUGAGAUGAGAAGAUUCGAAUCUAAAUUUCAUAAAAUAUCAGGUAAGGUGGCAUCAGGGUAGUUCCAAGAUCUAAUGUGAGUUAUUUCCACGGCACUGUCUCGUUUCAUCCAUCUCAAACCAUACAGCAAUUUCUUAGCUCCGGCGGCGGAUAUGAAGCAGAUUUCGAAAACUUCUACUGUAGGAAUUAUAAUAACAAUAGUCCUAGCCAUUUUCAUGAGCAAAUAUGGUCCCUCGUUUAAAAUCAAAAAGGAGGUUGAAACUGCGGUGGAGACAGCAGGACAGGUUACAGAUGUAGUAGAAAAACUGGCUGGGGAUGUGGCGAAUUUGGCCGGACUGGUCGCCGAUCAGCUGCCGGAAGACGGGCAGGUUAAAGAUUUUGUGACGGAUGUUCAAAAUAUAGCCAAAGUAGCAGCCGAUGAUGCAGAUCUAGUCGGAGACGUGAUUGAAAAUGUGGGGAGAGUGAAAAAGGAGAUUGAGACGGCGGAAACGGCGGAACAGGUUGUGGAUAUCGUAGGAAAUCUGGCGGAGGAAGUGAAUGUGACGAAAGAGGAGUCGGAUCAACUACCGGAAGGUGAACGAGUUAAGAAUCCAGGUACGGUAGAUGAUGAUGUGGCCGAAGAAGCGAUCCACAAAUCACCGGCGGUGGAAGAAGCCAUUGAGAAGGUUCACCUCACUACUUACUUUCCCCUUUCCAUAUAUUACCUAGAAGUAAAUAUUAGUUAUAAUUUCUAAAAUUAAUUAAAAUUUUAAAUUGAAA